UAUUUCUCCUGUCACAACGUUGAGGGGCAUAAGCGACUGUCGAGUGGGCUGUGGAUUAAUCCAGUGAAGACACAGGGAGUGUGAUUGGAAUGGCUUCUCAGAGGGUGAAUGCCUGAGACGGAGGACUGGGUUGGCGCCGAUACCGAGAGAACCAAUCCUUUCUCUAAUGAUGCAGGGAGAGGACAGAAAGAAAAGGAAGCAGAGUUUGAAUUCCCGAGGAGUGACAGACGAAUAUUGUCUUAGAGAGAGACCAAAAGAAGAUCCAGCAAAGAUGAAGAAUAAAGUGUCCACAUCACAAGCGGUAAACAAUAAGAAGAAGCCAUGGUCGUGGGACCAUUAUUUGGAUGAGGAGAGAGCUAUGGCAGCCCCUCUCAGACUGUUUACUGAGUACCAGUCUUUCCCUCAGGGUCGGAAUGGCUUUAAAGUGGGUAUGAGACUGGAAGGAAUCGACCCACUGCAUCCUUCCAUGUUCUGCGUGCUCUCUGUGGCUGAGGUGAUUGGGUUCCGGAUGCGUCUGCACAUUGAUGGUUAUUCGGAAUGUUAUGAUUUCUGGGUAAACGCUGAUUCCCCUGAUAUCAGGCCGGCAGGAUGGUGUGAGGCAACAGGACGCAAACUGUACCCUCCAAAAGGUUACAAGGCAAAUGAGUUUAACUGGGAGAAAUACCUGGAGGCUUGCAGUGCUCAGGCCGCACCAAAGAAUCUGUUUAAAUCCCAAAACAGUACCACAACCACCUCGAAAUUCAGAGUAGGAAUGAAACUGGAGGCGGUGGACAGAAAGAACCCCUGUCUGGUGUGUGUGGCUACAGUCGCAGACAUCGUGGAUAAUCGCUUCCUCGUUCACUUUGACAACUGGGACGACACAUACGACUACUGGUGUGAUGCCAGUAGCCCCCAUAUACACCCUGUGGGAUGGUGCCAGGACCAUGGACGACCUCUCACAGCGCCUCAGGGACACCCAAAUCCAGAACAUUUUGUAUGGGAGGAGUACUUGGAAGACAAUGGUGCAUCUGCUGUUCCAAGCCAAGCCUUUUGUAUGAGAGCCCCACACGGUUUCCAGGUGAAUAUGAAAUUGGAGGCAGUGGACCGGAGGAACCCCAUGCUGAUUCGAGUGGCCACUGUAGUUGACACUGAAGACUACAGAGUGAAGGUGCAUUUCGAUGGCUGGCAUGAGAAAUUUGAUUUCUGGGUGGAUUCAGACUGGUCGGACCUUCACCCUGUGGGCUGGUGCUCCAGGACAGGGCAUCCUCUGGAACCACCACUCACACAUGUAGGACUGUCCGACCUCAAGAGCUCCGUCACCCAGGGCGUGUGCCCCACCCCAGGCUGCAGGGGGGUCGGCCACAUCAAAGGGGCGAAAUAUACAGGACACCACAGUGCCUUUGGUUGUCCCUACUCAGACAUUAACAUGAAGAAGGAGGCCGUUCUUCCGGACAGACUGGGAGGAGAGAAGCAGAUCACCUUUGUCCCCGUACACUUUGUCCAGAAGACCAAGCGGCUUUGCGCUGAGGAUGAGGAGGAGCUGAAGGAGGAAGAUGACAGCCACAUGGAGACCAGGGCUGUGCUGUCCACAUACGAAGGCACCGGCCGUUUGAGGGGACGGCACAUGUCCAGCCCCCGACCCCCCACCCACGCUAUGGUCAAGAGGGAGCACAAAGACGACACUUCUGCUCAGGGACAAAAAAUGCUUUCACCCCUCGGGAAAAGAGGCCGGGUGCCCAACAGACUUGCCCAGUCAACAAAAUAUCUAAGAAUCAAGGAUGAAGAGGAGGAGAUUGACUUGAACAGUGUGAUCACAGAGCGUAAUGUGGACAGUCUCCAGCAAGCCCUGCAUCAGUCCGUCUUCCUGUCAGCCAUGUCUGCCCAUCCCAGCAGGGAUUUGCCGCUAUGCUGGGAGCAGCACUGUAAGCUCCUGCCCGGGGUGGCCGGGGUGCAGGCUAGCCGCGUGGCCCACUGGACCGUGGAGGAGGUAGCCGACUUCAUCCACUCUCUGCCGGGAUGCGAGGAGCAGGCCAAGCAGUUCAGAGAAGAGCAAAUUGAUGGGAAAGCGUUCUUACUGCUGACUCAGAGGGACAUCGUGAAGAUCAUGAGUGUUAAACUGGGCCCCGCCCUCAAGAUCUACAACUCCAUCCUGAUGUUCAAACAUGCCGAGGACAAACAGACCACAAGCCAAGAUGCCAACACUUGAAGCCCUGCCCGGUUCUCUUGGCUCCGCCCCUGACCCUGCCCUUUCCCCUCCCUCCCUUUCAAGGUGUAUGUGAAACACAUAUAGCUACUGUAUCGAUGCAUUCCAAGGCCUCCCGAACCCUGCCCCGUGCCCCGCCCCGGCAGGCCCCCUCCUUUGACAAACAGGUACUCCGAUCUAAGGCUCAGAGACUUUUGGUCCACAUGUCUUUCAGGUUCCAGCAUCCCCCCUCCUCAGGCACAGCUCCCAGUUUGCCUUUCAGAACAUCUCUACGUAUUGUAGAGCUGAAGGUCAACUCACUCGCUCACAAACGAAAGCAGCUCCGUUUUCUACUCCCAGUGAUGCUGUACCCACUCAGAUACAUCAGAAACACAAACACCAAACAAAAACAGUCGGCUGGGUGGGAUUCUUUGUUUUUUUUGUUUUGUUUUUGUUUUUUAUGGGUCACGGUGCUAUUUGUAUUGAAAAUACGAGCAUACCAACAGCAUACUGUGUAGACCCCAGUCUACGGAACAGCAUCUGAGCUCACCUGUUGACUGGGACAUGCCAUUCUGCUUGGUCAACCCUGAUUUUAUGCUAUUUUGUAUAAACGUUGUAUAAUUUCACUGU